AUGGACGUGGAUACUUUUACCUACCUGCACAUCCACCCUACUGGCUGCUGCCCUCUUCCUGGGAGACCUUUUUCCGCACGGAUCCGAAACACCAACUUGUCACGAUCCUGGCCGUCCGUUACAGCUAUUAAUAUGCCUUCUCGUCAGCGCCGUAUCUCGUACGCUGAUUGUCGAAGAGCUGCUGGCCUGCUCCCCUCCUCGCAUCCGCCAGCUCGCACAACCCCCAAUCCAAUCCAAUCCAAUCCAAUCCACUCUAGGGUUAGGGUUAGGGUUAGGGUUCGCGUGGUCGUCGCCGCCUCGGAUUCGCUUGGUGCAGGUCGGGAACGGCUCGAUUUCUCGCUCUCCCCCCUCGAUCCCCACAGCGAGCCGGAUCCCACCUUGCACCAACUGAAUCGGAGCCGGAUUGCGAUGCUCUCCAGCCAAUCGUCUUGGCAUUGAAUUUAUCCAUCGACUGUCCAUGCAAGUGAAGUGGUAUUGUGAUCACUUCUUCCCCCUCGCUGUUCUUGGCUGCCACAUAGAAGGU